AAUGCGCAGCGGUCGCCCGCCGCUUCAAAGUGCCCGACAAGCCAAAGACAAAAAUAAAAUUGGAACAGCAGCCUCGAUCGGAGCGCGGCACAGAGGCGAGGAUCGACUGGAGCAGAGCAGUCCAGAGGACCCAGGCUGGGGCAGCACAGCAGACAGACAGCAUGAGACUCACGCUCGCCUGGCUCAGCGUCUGCCUGGCGAUUUAUUGCAGCGGCGGCCACGGCCACGGCCACAGCCACAGCCACGGCAAUGUCGUACUAUCUUUGCCACCAUCGCUUAUCGCCACGGCCACGGAGGCGGCGGCCUUGAGGCUGCAACAGCAGCAGCAGCAGCCACGCUGGAAAAAGGAUGCACGCGUCCUGUUUGACAGCGGCAACGAUGCACUGCGCGAUAUGCUCCAGAGCCAGGCGGCUGGCAAGUUCAGUCUGCAGCACCACGACAACCAGCAACCGCAAGCCGCGGAUUUUAAUCGAAAACCUCUGCGCGCGGCAGAUGAUUUAGGGGCACAGUCUGGGCUGCGGCAGCAAUCAGUGGCGCAGGAAAUUGCACCACUGCAACGGGCCAUUCCGGGACUCAACUAUGGGGCCACGCCCCACAAAUACUGGGCCAGUCGGUGCCAGGGUCGCAUGGGUCCGUCUGCCAAGUGUCCGCAGGAAUAUUAUCGCGCCAUGAUGGCAGCCAGGAACAAAGAGGCCAUGGCCCGUCUCCACAUGCAGCUCGGCGCGAGGCAGGACUCUGAUUCAUCUAGCUCUGAUAUUAAUAACGAUGAGCUGCUGGAGCCCACCACCGAAUAUGAGGAGAGCAACGGCAACGAGGUCUUUAUGCUGCUCACCGGGGAACAGGACCUAAUCAAGUUCCUGCACUGGGCCAUGCAGCUGCUGUAUCCCUUCGAGCGACCCGAGGGCAACAGGAGUGAGAGUGCGGCCGAAAACUAUCAUCCAGGCAUGUUCCUCUGGAAGAAGCUCAACCUGUCGGGAAACCUGGAGCCGCCGCUGAUUGUGGACGAGCCGCAGUUCGUUCUUGUGCGCCGCGAGAAGCUCCUCAAUGGCUAUAACUUGGGCGAUGAGAUCAGCCAGGAGGACGAUCCCUUUAUACCACCACGCGGACGGAAGCACAGCUCGCCGGAUCUGAAUGCGCUGUUCAGUCGGCAUGAGACGUUCGUGCCGAAUCGCGGCAGGCGCGACAAGGUCAAGGAUCUGUUCAAGUACGACGAAUUGUUCUUUCCGAAUCGCGGCAAAAGGCAUCGCAGCAUUUUCAAGCUGGACGAUCCCUUCUAUCCGAAUCGCGGCAAAAAGCUGCAACUGCGGGAUCUUUACAAAAUUGACGAUCCAUUCUUUCCGAAUCGUGGCAAGCGGCACUUGACAGGAUCGGGCAAGACACCGCCACCGCCACCACCGCCGCCGCCCGCCGUUGGUCUGUUGGGGAAAACUAGAAAAUUGCCAGAUGACAGCGACAACUGGCCGCAAAGAAUGUCAACGCAUAAAAUUAAUGGUUACGAUCAAUCAGUCAAGCCAUCAAUGUCAGUGGAGGAUGCUACUCUAGUCAGAGCCAGAGUCAGAGCUUCGACUGCAGCUGAGGGCGCUCGCUGGCGACGUCUGGCCAUGGGAUUGCUCCAGCCUGCUAAUAGAUUACACUCGACAAGAUCAAUGUCAGCAAAUUUACAACAGCCGCAGCAGGAGCAGGAGCUGGGGCUGGGGCUGGAGAUGGGACUGGAACAAUUGGUGCCACAUUUGCAGCAGCAGCAACAGCAGCAGCGGAGCAGCGUCCGCUUCAUUGGCAAUCCAAUCAUGCCCCGUCAGCAGGUGAAACCAUCCUGGCCGGGAUCGCAGCGCCUCAAGCGAUCUCUUCAGCCCGACGAUGCCCCCGAGACACAAUUAACGCGUUCACCCAAUACUAAUCCUCAGAAGAUCGACUCGGAAUCUGAUUCCGACUCCGACUCCGAGUCUGUCUCUGUCUCCGAUUCGGACUGGGACUGGGACUGGAACAGGGACACUGAUGAUGCCAAUUGGAGCAUUUAAAUGCGGCGAUCGGUUUUCGGUUUUUAGUUUCGGUUGUUGGGCAGCUUCCUUGGGGGCACGUAUAUGCCUGACUCUGUAGCACGAAUGGGUCAGCAGGAACCAGACAAAAUGUAGCACAAACUAUAGCACACACACAACACACAACAUAAAGUAAAGUAAAGUAAAUGCAAUUGAAAA